UCUCUCUAUGACUUCUUGUGGGGAGAGAGAAUUCAAUUUCUCUCCCUAAAACCCAAACACCCCCAGCCCUCCUUCCCCUUUCUCUCUCUAGCCAUAAAAAGGGAAAGGGCAAGGAAGUCCCAAUUCUAGAGAGAGAAAAGCACAAAGCCAAAACAAAAACAGCGUUUUUCCUAUUUAUGUUUUUAUUUUUUUCAACAUUUUCGACUGAGAUCAAACUAUGGAGUUUGUGGGUAAAAUUGUUGAGAAGGAGUUUAAGGGCUACGGUUUCUUCUCAGGAAUCAUCAAAUCCUACGACGCGUCGUCCGGCUUCUUCGAGAUCGUCUACGAGGACGGUGAUUCCGAGGAGCUCGAUUUCUCUGAGGUCUCUUCUCUGUUGAAGCGCUUAGAAGCUGACCCGGCUGAUCACAAGCAACGGCUUGGCCGUAGGCCCAAGAAGCGCCGUCGAGUAGAGCCAAGGAAGCGCGAAGAUCCAGGAGGUGGAGAAGAGUUAGGUAAUUCUAUUUCUCAUACUCGGGCAAUUGCAGAAACGUUAGGGAGAAACAGUGACGGUGUUGUAGAGGCAAAUGGGAAUUUCGAUAUGAAUCGGAAUGUUGAUUUGAAUGAUGGAUUUGUUGGGAAUUUGAGAGAAGUUGAUCAUGUUAAUGGGAAUUUGGGAAAUACGACUUUUGAUUUGAAUGAAGCUCUGGAGAAAGGGAGUGGAGCUGUGGAGACUUUGAGAAAAAAUGGGUCUGUUAUUGGGAGUUUGAAUGGAAAUUGUAGCGUGAAGGAGGCGCUUGGUUUGAAUACUGGGUUUAACUUAAAUUUGAAUGAAGCGUUUGAUUUGAAUGAGGGGGGUGAUACAAACGCCAACGUUUUGGGAAAUUUGAAGAAGAGAGAGUGUAUAGACUUGAAUUUGGAUGUAAAUGAUGAUGUGGACGAGAAUACGUGGGAGGCUGAUUUGGGUAUUAGUCACACUGAUAGACAGAUGAAGGAAUGUGGGUUUGAUUUGAAUUUUGGGAUUGAUGAGGAAAUUAAGGAUGAAGCAGAUGGUGAUUGUGGAGGAGAAGCAAAGGAAAGUGUAUCACGUGAGAUGGUUAAAGAAGGGAGUCAAAACAUGGAUGAUGCAAGUAGGGCUUUGGAGAGAAUUCAUAAUCAAGGUGCUAUUGCCGAUGGGACAUUGCAAGAAGUUCGUGUCGUGAAUGAUUCAUAUGUAGGGUUGGCUACGGGAAUCUGGAAGAAGGAUAUUAUUUCUGGUGAAGAUUACAGGUUUGGUAAUUCUGUUGAAGUGCAGGAUGCCAAAACUAUUAAAGAGGACUCUGCUGAGGUAGUUGAUUGGAACCAAGGUGAUGUGAGUAGUGCUAAUAAAGAAGGGAGUGGUGGGAGGAGGAGGAGGGGGAGGAGGAGAAGCAUUGCCAAUAGUUUGAAUUCUGCCCCAGAAACAACAAUAUUUACAGAUGCUACAGUAAUUUAUGGGAAUGAAGGUGAGAUAAGAAGUGUAUAUAAAGAAAAGAAUUGUAAUCAGAGGAGGCAGAGGAGGGGAAAGCUUGUUGAUACCUCAAGUUCUACACUGGAAACAGCGUUCAUCGUAAAUGACGAUGUUGCCAAUAAAGAUUGUACUGUGGUAAGUGAUGGGAAGCAAGGUGAUAUGGGGAGUGCAUAUAAAGAAGUGACUGGUAGUUGUAGAAAGAGAAUAAAGUUUUCAGAUCAUGUGAAUGUCACACCACAAAUGACAGUUCUGAGGAGGAGUACUCGUCGGGGUUCUGCUAAAAAUGAUAUUUCAACCCCAACUGCAUUAAGUACAGUCCAAGAUUUAUCUGUGUCUCCGGCUGUUAGUGCGUUAACUGAGGAGGGAUCUGUGAAAUCAUUUCACAAAUGGCCUCAAGAGUCUGUGGUUCUUCCUCCAAAGGUGCAACUGCCACCUUCUUCACAGAAUUUGGAUUUGGAUGGUAUUUCAAUAAUUGACUUUUUCUCAGCUUAUGCCUGUCUAAGAUCAUUUAGUACAUUAUUGUUCUCAAGUCCCUUUGAGUUGGAGGAAUUUGUGGCAGCUUUGAAGUGCAACUCUCCUAGCUCAUUGUUUGAUUGCAUUCAUGUUUCCAUUUUGCAAACUCUAAGAUUGCAUUUGGAAUACCUCUCAAAUGAAGGUUCUGAAUCUGCUUCUAUUUGCUUGAGGAGUCUUAACUGGGGUUUGCUGGACUUGAACACAUGGCCUGUUUUCAUGGUCGAGUACUUCCUAAUCCAUGGUUCUGAUUUGAAACCUUGCUUCAAUUUUAGUCACUUGGAGCUAUUAAAAAAUGACUACCACACACAGCCUGUGUCUGUGAAAGUUGAGAUACUGCGAUGUUUAUGUGAUGGUAUAAUUGAGACGGAAGCCAUUAGGUCAGAGCUUAAUAGAAGAUCUUUGGGAGCUGAGUCUGACCUGGACUUUGAUCGAAAUAUGGGUGUUGGAGCUUUCAAGAAAAGAAGGGCUGGAACUGGGAUGGUCAUCUCAGCUGGCUCUUGCUUAACUGAGGAGGCUGUUGAUGACACCACUGACUGGAAUAGUGAUGAAUGCUGUCUUUGUAAGAUGGAUGGGAGCUUAAUAUGCUGUGAUGGUUGUCCUGCUGCCUUUCAUUCAAAGUGUGUAGGUGUUGCCAAUGAUUAUUUGCCAGAGGGUGACUGGUUCUGCCCUGAGUGUGUCAUCGACAGGCAUAAGCCUUGGAUGAGACCUCGAAAGUCACUUCGAGGGGCGGACCUAUUGGGGGUUGAUUGUUAUGGUCGGGUUUUUUUUAGCAGCUGUGGUUAUUUAUUGGUGUCAGAUUCAUGUGAAACUGAAUCCUCAUUUAGUUAUUACCACAGAGAUGAUCUUAUUGCUGUUAUUGAAGUGCUGAGGUCUUCAGAGACGGGUUCUAGCAGCAUAUUGGAGGCAAUCCAGAAGCAUUGGGAUAUCCCUGUUAAUUUAUGUGGAGCAAGUGGUAAUCUGGAUUUAUGCUUAGAUAUGUGCAUGCCUCCAGCUGUGUUGGCAUCUUCAGAAACGUGUACAAUUAAAAAUGAGACUAAUGAUGAAAGAAAACCAGAAGAAAAGUUUAGUACAGUAUGUUCUGGUCAAAUUAAUUUUGAGGUUUCAAAGUCUUCGAGUCAAACAUGUGUGAGUUCUGAAGGAUCAGCUGAAACAACCCAAACAAGUUUACGGAAUCGGAAUUUUCAAAAAGAAGGGCUCGAUUGUUCAAAUAGAUCUGCUGAUUUCUUAAAUGAAUCUGAUAUUCAAGGGAAGUUCCCACUCAUGGGAGGCAAUUUGUUGACGUCAUCCUGUUUGGAUUUAAAAAGCAAGAGUGUAAUAGGAUCUGUAGCUAAUGUACACCUUUCAUCAGCUUUAGAUCCAACAAACAGGAAUGCGUCACUAGUGCAGCUGGGAACUGGUUACAUGAACUAUUACAGUUUUGGUUAUAUAGCUUCAUCAAUUGCAGAAGAAUUGAUGCGUAAGUCAGCAGACAAAACCAUGGAGAACUCUAUAAAAACAGAUGAGGAAAUCAUUUCAGCACAGAUGAAGAUUAUUUCGAAGAGAACUGCCAAGUUUUGUUGGUCAAAUAUUCCAAGACUGAAUGUUGAUGUGCAGAAAGAAAAAUGUGGGUGGUGCUUCACUUGCAGGGUUUCUUCUGAUGAAAUAGGUUGCUUGUUUAAUAUGAGUUUGGGUCCAGUUCAGAAAGGGCCAGUGGAUGAGGUUGUUGGCCUUCCAUCAAAAAGGAACAAGAAAGGUCAUCUUGCAGAUAUAAUGAGAUAUAUUCUCUUGAUUGAAGGCAGGUUGCAGGGGCUUCUGCUAGGUCCAUGGCUGAAUCCACAUUAUAGCAGGCUUUGGCGUAAAACUGUUCUUAAUGCAUCAGAUAUUGUAUCCGUGAAACAUUUACUUCUCAUAUUAGAGUCAAAUGUGCAUCAGCUGGCACUUACAGGGGAGUGGUUGAAACAUGUGGAUUCUGCCACCACUAUGGGUUCAGCUUCUCAUAUUGUCACAGCUUCAACGCGUGCUUCUUCAAAGAAUGGAAUUGGCAGGAAGAGGGUUAGGUACUCAGAAUUUGAUUCUAAUCCUUCUUCAAAAUCUGCCAGUGGAUUAGGUAUGUUAUGGUGGAGGGGUGGUAAGCUUUCUCGCCGGUUAUUCAGUUGGAAGGUUUUACCUCGCUCCUUAGUGUCCAAGGCUGCCAGACAAGCUGGAUGUGUGAAGAUACCAGGUGUGUUAUAUCCUGAGAAUUCAGAUUUUGCAAAGAGGAGCAAAUAUGUCUCUUGGCGAGCUGCAGUGGAGUCAUCAACUACUGUAGAACAGCUUGCUUUGCAGGUUAGAGAGCUUGAUUCUAACAUCAGGUGGGACGAUAUUGGAAACACAAAUCUGCUGUCAAUGGUGGACAAGGAAUUUAAAAAAUCAAUCCGGCUAUUCAAGAAAGUAAUUGUCCGUAGGAAGUGCAUGGAAGGAGAUGGGGCAAAGUAUCUUCUUGAUUUUGGCAAGAGGAAAAUUAUUCCUGAAAUCGUUUUAAAGAAUGGAUCUGUGGUUGAAGAAUCCUCCAGUGAGAGGAAGAAAUAUUGGUUGAAUGAAUCAUAUGUACCAUUGUAUCUCUUGAAAAGUUUUGAAGAGAAAAGAAUUGCCCGCAGAUCUAGUAAGAUGAGUCCUGGGAAACCUUCUGAUGCUGCUGUAGUAGUGAAGAAGCCCUCAAAGAAAAGAGAUUUCUCAUAUCUUUUUGCAAAAGCUGAAAGAUCCGAGUACCAUCAGUGUGGUCACUGUAACAAAGAUGUUCCAAUCAGGGAGGCUGUGUGCUGUCAGUAUUGCAAGGGAUUUUUCCAUAAAAGGCAUGUGAGGAAGUCAGCUGGUUCCAUCACUGCUGAAUGUACAUAUACAUGCCACCGAUGCCUUGAUGGGAAAUAUGUGAAAAUUGACUUAAAAACGGGCAAGAGUUAUGGAAAAAGAGGGAAAAAUAACAAGAAAAAUAUGAAAGUUCAGCAUCAAAAGUCAAAAAAUGCCUCUGUGGGUUGCAGGUCAGCGCGACUUAAAAACGGUAAAAAAGCUGUGAAAGGCCCGUGGUCGCUACGAUCACGAAAAAAAAAGAAAGUUGCUGUUGUUGUACCUCUUCGUCGUUCUCCUAGGAAAGCUAAAUACAACAACUCUUUGCAUAAUAAGAAAGUUGGAGGAUGCAAGAAAGAUAAACAGGUCAAAUCCAAAAAAGCAACAUAUAAGAAACCAACAAGUGUUGCUUCAUGGCGCAAGAAGAGGACACAGACUUGUCAUAGUUACUGGAUUAAUGGUCUUCUGUUGUCUAGAAAGCCAGAUGAUGAACGUGCGGUGCAUUUUAAGAGUAAAAAUUUUAUUGCCCCUUCCAACAACGACAUACUUCAUCAACCCAAAUGCCAUCUUUGCUGUGAAGUUGUAUACACAUCUACCUUGAAUUAUAUUUCUUGCGAGAGGUGUGGUGAGUGGUUUCACGGAGAUGCUUUUGGACUUGAUGUGGAGAACAGCCAUAAGCUUAUUGGAUUUAGGUGCCACAUGUGCCGAAAUAGUACCCCUCCUGUUUGCCCACUAUUACCAACCACAAGAAGACAUGAUAUUCAGAAUGAACUCUCUGAGGAAGCAAUCAAUGCUGUCUCACAAAGUAAGGGAGUGCAAAAUGAUGCUCGGAAUGAACUUUCAGAGGGAGCAACAAAUAAUGGCCCGCAUCAAAGUGAGAUAGUGCAAAAUGAUGUUCAGAUUGAAGUUUCUGAGGAAGCAACCACUGUCCUGCAUCUAAGUGAGAUAAAUUCAUUGCGAGAGUCGCUUGCAAAUGACGAUCAAUGUUCACUUCUUGUUGAUGAGUCUGUUCAAAAGGAGGAGCAGUUAGUUACUACACUGGAUUCAGAUCAGAGUUUUGCGCCUGGAUCUAGGUUUGAAGUGGGCAAAGGGCAGUUACUCGAUUAUGUGAAGGAGGAUACUGGUGCAACUCAAAUUUCUAACAAGAAAUUGAAUCCAGAACUUAUAUCAUGUAAUGGAAAUCAUAUGCUUAAAGAGAGCACAAUUGAUUCGGGACAAGAUGCUGUUGUAACUUCAUCUGAUCAAAUGCAAAAGCUCUUCCCACAAUGUGAUGUGGAUGUGAUAAACUGAACUGGCACCAUCAGGGUGUGAAUGUGUAAGGGAUAGCUGAUCAACCCCCAUCUUGAAGUCAUCAAUUGAUGGAGCCCUUGUUGAUUCCAUUGAGUUGAAUCCAAUUUAUUUAUGAACUGAAGUAUAAGGGGAGGGAGGAAAUCAAGUGUUGAUUUGAUCUGUAGGCCUUCAUUUAAUUGGUGAAACAAGAAACUGUAGAGGCUAGAGUUAUUUGUAAAUCUUCUAAUAUUGUUGAAAUUCAUGGUAGAAAUUUAAAAGUGAAACUGGGUUGAUUCAUUUGAAACUGAGAAAUAAAGAGUUUCAUUGGGGCUGUCGUUUCUUU